AUUUGUUUAAAACAAUUUUGAUACAAUUAACAAUAACAGCCGACUAUGCGCGACAAUACGCCACCGCAUCGUCCGGACUUUGAAGACGACGACGAUGAGAUACUGGAAGAGAUCGAGCUAGACGCGAAUGCAGCGCCGUCUCUGGACGAGGACGAUGACUUGGAGGAGGUGACGCUGGAGCAGCUGGAGGCACGUCUGGGACUUCACGACGAAGACGAUGAAUAUGAAAUGGAUGAGGAGUCUAUCCGGGACCGAGAGCGCAUUGCGAACAUAAUAGACGAGGCGGUACUCACGUUCCGCAACCAUACAGCACCGGUCUUCGCCUGCAGCCUGCAUCCGCACUACAAUUGGGCGGUGACGGGCAGCGAGGACGAUUUAGCCUUUGUUUGGGACACGAGCAACAGCGAGGUGCUCUACAAGAUCACCGAACACAAGGACACCAUCACCGAGGCGCACUUCAGCCACGAUGGCGCUUACCUGGUAACGGGAGAUCUUGCCGGUGAGAUCAAUGUCUUCAAAGUGAGCGAGCAGCGCGAGGAGCGCCCCAUUCUGACCAAGGUCUGGGAAUACUCCAUGUCUGACAUGUCGUGGCUCUUCUGGCAUCGCGGUGCCCAUGUGCUCCUGGCGGGCAGCGACAGCGGCGAGGUGUACGUCUGGCGCAUUCCCAGCGGAGAUUGCAAAAUCCUUGCCGGUCAGGGGGCGCGCUGCGAGUCCGGAGAACUGAGCGGCGACGGCAAGAAACUGCUAACGGCCUAUAUGAAUGGCGCCGUCAAGCUCUGGGACCUGAAAACCUGCCAGGUGCUCAUGGAGGUGAACGAGCAGCACCCGAUGGGCUUCGGUGAGGUCACCCACGCAGUGGUGGCCUGUGAACUCGACUCUCCCUUCUACAUCUGCGCCGAGGGCGGAGGAAAAAUGCUAUUCUGCACCAACAGUGGACCCGUCAGUGUUGUGCAGUCGGAGCACGGCAUCGAGUGCAUUGCCUUUGCUCCCGCUUCUUCGGACUUAAAGCUCUUUGCCUGCGGCUCGCUGGACGGUCACAUAUCCAUAUGGGACUACUCAAAGUAUUCGCUGCGCACUGUCUGCGAGAAUCCAGUGCCCAACGAUGGCGUCCUUAGGAUCAAAUGGCUGAACGACAAUACUAUCAUGGCGGCCACAUCGAACGGCAAUCUGAAUGCUUUCGAUGCCCGCACGGGCACCCUGAAGUUUACCCUCACCGGACACUUCUGUCACAUCUACGAAUUGGCCUACAAGCCUCUGGACAGCCUGCUGUUGACGGUAUCCGAGGACACUACAGCCAAGAUAUUUAAGGUUCCGCCGCUGGGCGAUUAAUGCAGGUGCUAAAACUGAUAACGUGCUGUUCGAGUAUAUGUACAUAAAUAGACAAUACAUAUGAGUGUAAAGGA